GCGCGGCCUUCAGUGGGGGGUCACACGUGUCUCAGCGGCUCCGGUAGUGGUGUGUAGUCUUUACUAUGGGGCGUAAGUUGGAUCCCACCAGGAAGGAAAAGCGCGGCCCCGGUCGCAAGGCCCGCAAGCAGCGAGGGGCCGAGGUGGAGUUGGCCCGCUUCCUGCCGCCAGAGCCCGAGGCCGGCAGGAAGAAGCUCUCCAGUCACGGGAGGAGGAGGGCUGCGAAGAGGCGUCUGGCGGCGGGGAGGAGCCCGGCCACGGGAGGCGGCGGGCGGGGACCAGAGAUUAAAGAGCAGGUGUCCCCGCAGAAGCAAAAACCUGCCGUAAAGACAGCAGGACAAACCCCUCACCGCCAGUCUGGCUUCAGUGAUGACAAUUCAAAAUGGCUGGCUCCAGCCAAAGCCAAGAAAACCCCAUCUAAAGGAAACAACAUGGAGUUAUCCAGCGAUGGUGAGGUGGAAGAGAGCAUCUGGGAGAUGGAGGAGGAGGAAGAUGGGAGCAGCGAGGAGAUGGUAGAUGAUUAUGGUGCCUCAUCAUCAGAGGAAGAAGAGUUGCUGCCUAUUGAAAAAGCUGCCCUGAAGCAGAAGGCUGACAGGGGAGGCCUCAGUGAAGAUGACAGUGAGGAGGAGGAGGAGGAGAAAGAAGCAGCAGAGGAAGCAAGAACGCAGAAAAUGGGACAGAAGGAAGAAGAGAGCCCAGAUCUGCAGCUCAACCUGGAUAUAGACGAACAAUUUAAACUGCCAACUAAUGAACAGAUUGAGAGAGAGGCUGUGGAGCCACCUGACCUGCACAUCAUUCACCAGCGCAUCAAGGGCAACAUGGAGGUGCUGCAGGACUUUGCGGUGAAGCGGGAGGAAGGACGCACACGACAGGAGUACCUCGCGUUGUUGCGCCGGGACAUGGCUGCCUACUAUUCCUACAGUGACUUCUUGCUCUUGAAGCUCAUGGACAUCUUCCCGCUCCCCGAGCUGAUAAACUUCCUGGAAGCCAAUGAGGUUCCCCGCCCUGUGACCAUUCGCACCAACACACUGAAGACACGUCGACGGGACCUGGCGCAGGCUCUAAUCAACCGUGGUGUGAAUCUCGACCCCUUGGGGAAGUGGUCGAAAACAGGACUUGUUAUUUAUGACUCCUCCGUGCCAAUCGGUGCCACCCCCGAGUACCUGGCUGGGCACUACAUGUUGCAAGGAGCCUCUAGUCUCCUCCCUGUUAUGGCUCUGGCUCCACAGGAGAAUGAACGUAUCCUGGAUAUGUGCUGUGCCCCAGGAGGCAAGACCAGCUACAUAGCUCAGCUUAUGAAGAACACAGGUGUGAUCUUGGCCAAUGACAGCAAUGCCGAGCGACUGCGUAGUGUGGUAGGGAACUUGCAUCGACUGGGAGUCACCAAUGCUGUAGUGAGUAACUGCGAUGGACGCCAGUUCCCCAAGGUGCUUGGUGGGUUCGACCGUGUUUUGCUUGAUGCUCCUUGUAGUGGAACAGGCGUCAUUUCCAAGGAUCCUGCUGUCAAAACCAACAAGGAUGAGAAAGACAUUCUACGCUGUGCUCACCUGCAGAAGGAGCUGAUUCUCAAUGCUAUAGAUUCAGUCAAUGCUGCCUCGGAGACGGGAGGCUACAUUGUCUACUGCACUUGCUCUGUCAUGGUGGAGGAGAAUGAGUGGGUUGUAGAUUAUGCCCUGAAGAAACGCAACGUUCGUUUGGUGGACACAGGCCUGGACUUUGGCAAGGAAGGCUUCACCAGGUUCAAGGAUCGUCGCUUCCACCCCUCCCUCAAGUCUACACGGCGUUUCUAUCCUCACACACACAAUAUGGAUGGGUUCUUCAUUGCCAAGUUGAAGAAAUUCUCUAAUGCCAUCCCCCAGGCACAGAAAGAUGAAGAACCUGCUGUGGUUGCAGCAACUCCGUCCACUGUCCCCAAUACUGUCAUGGAGCCACAGCCAAAAAAGAAGAAACUUGAGGGAUCAAAAGUUGACAAAGAGCAGAAACCACCACAGCCUGCUUUGAAGAAGAGACAUACAUUGCAAGCACAGAGGAGACCCUUGAAGACUGGCCGGCCUUCUGCCAAAACAAUGCGUCCUCAGGUCCCUGGCAGGAAAAAGCAUAGAGUGAAACAGAAGGGACAGUGAGAGGAACUGUUUUUUGAGAUGUUGGUCCCCUCCUUGGAGAACAAAGGCCAGGGGCUCCAUGUGCACUACCUGGUCUUUUCCUGCUCUGUGCAGAUAACCUCUGCAUCAAGGACUGAUGCACUGACCCAUUAAAAGUUUUAUACUCUUGCUCAGGUCGUGUCCUUUUUCCUCAAACACAGAAUACAGAAUUCUGCCGUGUCCCCUCACUCCUCUGUAACAGAAGCUGUCCAUCCAUCUUGUAGUCCCAUAUGGUGCUCUGUCUCUUCUUAUGCUCAGCAGCCCAGAUGGUUGUGAAGAAGCAGUGGGAGCUGAAAUCCUGGCUGCCUGGAUGAAGGCUGUAUGGUGUGGUGCCUGUCAGCAGUUUCACCAGGGCAGGGCUGGAGCUCCUAGGCCAGUGGUCUUGUGCUGAUCCCUAGUUCCUUGUCACCUUGUGCUGGUCCACUUUGCUGUUGUUGAUUGUCCCUGUUUCACCUUUGUGCUGGUCCGCAGCAGCCUCUUGGCUCUUGCCCUCCCAGACUCGAGCAGGGAUUGCUGCUGGUCCUGUACAAUCACCUCUCUUUUUGUUUGCCUAGAUGUGGUAGCUUUUCUUUGACGUACAACAAGCGGUGGUCCGGAUUGUUACUAUUUAAUUGUCAGCCUGUGUCCCUUUCUCUUGUUUGUUGUUCAGGACAGCUGAAUGCAACGGGAAUCCUUCCUGUCCUGGUCUGCUGCAUCUGACCCCAGGCUUAGUGGCAAGGCCAAGUGUGAGCUCCACAAACUCCCUUGGACACGUGCACACACACUAUAGAUGCAACCAGACGCAGCUGGAUUGGCAGAAACUCGAGAAAAGUGCUGUGUCGGGUGCUCAGGAAAACACAAAUGGCACUUGUGAAACCUGAGCUGCAAAAAGACCUAAUCUUGCUCUUCCUGGCCCAUCAAACCAAUGGACUGUGUGCAUGCACUAGCAUGGAUUGCUUGUAGCUGAUCCUCAGAGUUGGGGUCUGUCUGGUAUCUGGCUCUUGGACCUCUUAUCUGCCUUAAAGGCUGCUCCAGCUUGCAGUUUGCUAGCGGGUCACAGCUGCACGCACAUGCAGAGGAAACGGAUAGGAUUAGUUUAAUAUGAGGUCAGGACAGAUGGUGGUAAUUGGGCGCAGGGCUCAGCCUGAGAGGCAUGCUGACUAGCAGCCACUCUUGAUGGGUCCCUUAUUUUCCUCCUCUCCAUUUCGUAUGCUCACGUCCUGAUCUAGAUUGGUGCUUUCCUCCCCCUAAACAUCCCAUAGUGAGUUUUGCUU